UCUGGACAAUAAUGGGUCGUGUGUGGAAGUAUUAUAUAAUACAAAUCAAGCCUGUGGCAGAGAACGAGUCAUGCUAGCAUGAUGUUCCCAAAGAGACCAAUGACGAGGCUGUAAGUCAAGUGCUCCCACAGAUGAUAUUUCCCUCAUGCAGCAGCUAACAAAGACUGUUUAGUGGUGCCAGCAAACCAAGGGAUUUAACGUGCUGCUGAAAUGAAUAUCACACUAAUAAUAAACAAAUAUUAAGCACUGUGACAUAGCUGCGUUACAGCCGUUAAUCGGAGAAGUUUAGCUGACCACAAUAACACAACCCUGCACUGACGCGCGCUCCCUAAUGCCGCGGGAGUGCGCGCCUAAUUUUCAGGAGCCAAUAGCUGCAGGGAGGACUUUUUAAAGUACAUCUCCGAGCUUUGGAUUACAAUGCACGUCGUUAGUUCAUCCCGUGCUGUAGAAACGCAUGCUGUAACACACUCGGACGGAUUGGUCACCCGUUGGCCGGAAGUAGAGGGGAAAUUGAUCGGCCUCAUCGGCUACAUAACAAACAUUUACGAAAUGGUCUUUUCUGGAAGCGGUCCAUGAGCACCUCUCGGGAUGGUCAACAACCAGAUUCAAAGAGCAACCGGUGGAGUUCUCCGUCAAGAUGAGUGUCUUCUUACACUUCCGAGGUUGUUUCAGAGACUACGGGGGCAUUAUGUCGGCUCUGGGCUCGGACUCCUGGUGGAAGAAGACCCUGUACAUCACCGGGGGGGCCCUGCUGGCCGCCGCAGCCUACCUACUGCACGAACUGCUCGCCAUUAGGAAGGAGCAGGAGCUGGACUCUAAAGAUGCCAUCAUCCUCCAUCAGUUCUCCAGGCCAAAGAACGGCGUACCCAGCCUCUCACCCUUCUGCCUCAAAAUAGAGACGUACCUGCGCAUGGUGGACCUGCCCUACCAGAACUACUUUGAUGGGAAGCUGUCGCCGCAGGGUAAGAUGCCCUGGAUCGAGUACAACCACGAGCAGGCGUCAGGGUCAGAGUUCAUCGUGGACUUCCUGGAGGAGAAGCUGGGCGUCAACCUCAACAAUAACCUCACCCCGCAGGAGAGAGCCGUGUCCCGAGCCGUCACCAAAAUGGUGGAGGAACACCUGUACUGGACGAUCGCCUACUGCCAGUGGGUGGACAACCUGGAGGAAACUCAGAAGCUCCUGGCGAUGAGCGGCCCCCUGAGCGACACCCUGAAGUGGCUGCUGAGCCACCUGAACGGCAGCAUGGUGCGCAGGGAGAUGUACGGCCACGGCAUCGGCCGCUUCUCUAAGGAGGAGGUCUACGCACUGAUGGAGAAGGACCUGAGGACGCUGGCCACACUGUUGGGAGACAAGAAGUACUUUAUGGGCUCUAAAAUAUCGACAUUAGAUGCUACUGUGUUCGGGCAUCUAGCCCAAGCUAUGUGGACUUUGCCUGGGACACGACCUGAGCAACUCAUCAAAGGAGAGCUCAUCAACCUGGCCAUGUUCUGCGACCGGAUGCGGAGGAGGUUCUGGCCCGAGUGGUUUGUGGAGGUGGAGGAUCUUUACUACGACGGAGACAGUGAGAGCAGCAGCGGCGGCAGGGUCUCCCCCACAGGCCUGUUCUCCCGGACCGACACCCUGGACGACAGCGACGCCAGCAUCCACUCAGCCGGACACACGCGGGCGCGCGCACCCUCCCCUGACUCGGAUCAGUCGCUCUUCGACUCGGACGUGGGCACGGGGUCCGACAAUGACGUUCAGCUGAAGGACGAGUCGAUUCCCGACCUGGAGGUUUGACCGGAGGACCGUCGCAAUCGGCCCGGCAGCUUGAGACCGACGGGGGGAGGAGAGAACUGCGUCGGCCGGCCGGGGAAAAUCGAGUCGCCGGUGGGAGCAGCACUUAGAGCCGAAGUGACCGCUCCGGCACCUCCGGCACCCACAACAAUAAAACCUUCCUGGUGGACACGCAGAGCAAACAAACUGGACCUCGCGAGACACGUGCCAGUGUGUGCGCCCUGCCCCACUCCUGUGGCAGUUUCUCUUUGCCUUAUUCGUCUCGUCCUAGGAUGCAGAAGCCGGUGUGAAUACGUCUGGUGGAGAGCGCGGCGACGACAGAAGAGUGGUGCGCGCGCACGCACACGCGCGCGCGGCAGGUGGCCCAUCGCCUGCCAUGGAAACGAUGCAACUAAUCACCACUCCGACACGUGUCUUAACGCACAAACCUGUGGGAACGGGUGGAGGUUGAUCACGUGGCUGGAAGGGACAGCUGCCGAGUCUCGCGUGUGCUGCAGACGCAACUCGGAGGACGGCGGGCGCCAGUUCACUCUUUAGUCGGUUCCUCCUGUGGUUUCCUUUAUGCUGCUGUGUGUGGGAUGAAAUCUGUAUGAAAACGGGAUGCGUGCGUCCAUAAGACCACGUCCAUAGAUUCACUCCUACGAAACAGAAGUCCUGAGCGGCAGAUUUGUGCUCAUCGCAUUUACCACUUACCAUCCUUACCCCUCUCUUCUUAAGUAUGAUUUGCUGGCACUUUGUUAUUGGAUAAGUUGGUGCUUUUUUUGAUUUGGGUAAAGUGCUGCACUUUGUAUAUUUGACCACUAGGUGGAGCCAGCAGUCUGUUUAAUGCCUUCUUUGUUUAGAAAACAUCAAGGUCAUUCCACCUUGAGUACCUGCAGCAAUCAUUUUCUCCUACAGCCCCAAACUAUAAUAUGGUUCCCGAUCAAAAGGUAACCAAUCAGCAACCAAUCAGCCUUAGUUCUUUCACUAAAUACAAGUGUGAAAAUAGUCUAGCAACAGUUUUUAAUUGUGAUAUUAUUUGUUAUCAGUGCCACUAUUAUUCUUUCUGAAUGAUCUUAUGUGUCAAAUAUAUAUAUAUAUAUUUUUUUGUUAAAAUUUGUUUUCUUACUGCUCUCAAAGAGAGAUCUUAUUUUUGCACUAGUGGAAACUUAUUUUCACCUCGUUUUAAUCUGCUGUGGAGGCAAAGAACAGAGUUGGCCAAAUGGAUGUGUAAAUCAGAAGGACGGGAAGCGGAGUGUUCUGAUCGUGAUUGUGCUGUGCGUCUUACUGGACGUGAAUGUCCUCGGUGAAGCAGGCGAUGAAAGAGAAAGUCAGAAUACCAAACCCGGCAGAAUGGAACCUCGGGUAAAAGAAUGGACCAAAAUGUGUCGGGAAUUGUUGGCUUUGGUCCGUCGCGUUAAGCUUGCUCAUAACGGCAAUAUGAUUUCUACAAUAAGAUCGUGGUGCAUUUAGAGUAGAUGUGAUUUGGGUCAGCUCACUCAAGUAACAAAACGACUCUUAUUUAGAUUUGGUGUUGAUGAACCAUGCAAAUAGUUUGAGUUUUAUAAGGUCUCCAAUGAAGGACAAUAAAUUUGAGCUUGUCAUGUUUCUGGCAGAGUUGACCGCAAAUUAAAAAAUGCAAUAAUAGGUUUUUAAACAUUCUGCAUCCAGGAUUUUCCAUCUAAGGUGUUAAAUCCUUCAUGCGUUUUCAUGUAAAGCAGUAGUUUGAAUUUAGAAUAACAGCGAUGUCUGAGGACACCUCCUGACGUUUACUUUGAGCUGUUAUAGUCAGUAGUUUUAUAUAAACAACGGAUCAAUUCAGUAAUGUAAAAGGGGUCGCUAUCCAUAACCACAGAUCAUUUUCACCCGACUCUGCAAAUUCUCCAAAAGUUCCCCCGUUGUGGUUUAACAACCCCCAUUUUUCUUGUUUGGCUUUGCUCUCAAUGCGCUUGUGUGCUUAACGGCAAAGGCCAGAAAGCAUUUGUUUUCUGCAACGAAGCUUUAAAAAGCCGCUGUGUACGAAUCAGCUGCAGAUAGUUGGUGACCACGGUGCAGCAUUUGGCCGAGUGAGAGGCAGAGAGAGCGGAAAGCAGAGUGAAUGUUGCACUUACGUUACAACUCCAAAUGAAUGCUGCUGCUGCUGCUCUGCGUCUGCUAAAUGUACCCGUUCGCUGCCCAGUUUGCCCUGUCAACUCCAAAAUAAGCCCAUCUGCAUGGCUACGUAGCACUUAGAGAAUGAGGAGAUAAAGGUUGAAGUGACCCUUUGAAUGGGAUGCCCCGGCUAGAUGGGUGAGCUGAUGACAGGAGGUCAGAGUUGGAUCCUGGGCCCCUGGAGAGAACCUUCUACCCCCCCCCCCCACGUCGCCCUGCGCCUCAUAUCCCCACCGGCCGCUGGUCUGGAUGGACACAUCAUCCACAGUUGGACUGCUUUAAUCAAGCCAUAUUAAAACUAAAUGUCUUGUUAUCAACGCAUUACUCCCAGGGUAAUGUUAAUAUUGUGUGUGUGUGUGUGUGUGUGUGGCAAAGUGUACCAUGCUGUAUGUAGAGCUGACUCACAGAUCAAACCACCUUUGUCCGUGCAGUCAUAUACAGGAGCGACCGGUUGAUUUCAAUAAAGAAUAGCUGUGACAAUUUUAAACAGGGCCGUCCUUUGCAUCCUUAUGGGGUUAAUAAAAAGGUGUCCAUGUCCUGAAGCUGCUUUGUUGAGCUCCGCCGUGCAGUUUAGUAAUCAUAAGAGUUAUAUUGUUAUGUUUUUUCAAACAGGCUGACAAGCAUUCAGGUGAAGAGGGGGCUGAUUAAGACUCCUCCACUUGCUGGAGGCCAGAUGAGGAGGAGCGAGGAGCCGACUGUGGAAGAGGAAAUGUUCAAAAGAAUAGUGAGAGGAGGAAGUUGAGCGACGGAAAGAAAAAAGCAAUCGAGGAAGUACAAAGAUAAAGAGGAGUGAAGGAGCAGGUGGUGGAAAGGAGAAAAGGGGUGAAGAGG